GUCCGCCCCUCCCCCCACAGUGUCCCGGAUGAGGAAGUGAAGCGCUGACAGGGCUGGGUUCCGUCACAGAGUCGAAGCCGAAUCUCGUCCAUAAACACAGAAAAACACAACCGAACCGAACCCCGCCGCAGGCUCGAGCUCCACAGACGCCGCAGAGAUGAAUGACCAGCAGUUGGAUUGUGCUCUGGAUCUGAUGAGGCGUUUGCCUCCACAACAGAUUGAGAAGAAUCUCAGUGACCUCAUCGACCUGGUGCCCAGUCUGUGUGAAGAUCUCCUGUCGUCUGUGGAUCAGCCUCUGAAAAUCGCUCGUGAUAAAGUUGUUGGGAAAGAUUAUCUGUUGUGUGAUUAUAACCGCGAUGGCGACUCCUACAGAUCUCCCUGGAGUAAUAAAUAUGAGCCUCCGAUAGAUGAUGGCGCCAUGCCGUCCGCUCGACUUCGUAAGCUGGAGGUUGAAGCAAACAACGCUUUUGACCAAUACAGAGACCUGUAUUUUGAGGGCGGUGUUUCCUCUGUCUAUCUGUGGGAUCUGGAUCAUGGAUUUGCUGGUGUAAUCCUCAUUAAGAAAGCGGGAGACGGCUCUAAAAAGAUCAAGGGCUGCUGGGACUCCAUUCAUGUGGUGGAGGUGCAGGAGAAAUCGAGCGGUCGUACGGCUCAUUACAAACUCACAUCUACUGUCAUGCUGUGGCUGCAAACCACCAAAACCGGCUCUGGAACCAUGAACCUCGGAGGAAGUCUUACCAGACAGAUGGAGAAAGAUGAGACGGUUGGAGAGUCUUCUCCUCACAUUGCAAACAUCGGGCGUUUGGUGGAGGAUAUGGAAAAUAAGAUCCGAUCCACCCUGAAUGAGAUUUACUUCGGCAAGACUAAAGACAUCGUCAACGGUCUGAGGAGCGUUCAGACGCUGGCGGAUAAAUCGAAGCAGGAGGCUCUGAAGAACGAUCUGAGGAACGCACUUAUCCAACGCAAACAGCAAAGCUAGAAACCGUCAUCAGUCCGUCUCACUCUCUGUCUGUCUGUCUGUCUGCCUCACAUCUGUCUGUUCAUCAACAGGAGAAAAACACCACGCUUUUUGUUUUUGUAUUUUCGGCUUAAGUUUUAACGCACCUGUCUCUCUCUCUCUCUCUCUCUCUCUCUCUCUCUCUGUAAUCAUUUAGUAUUAAGACAGUGCUGGUUGUUUCUGUCUGAUUGGCUCUCAGUGACAUCACAACAUGGGGGCGGGGCUUCUCUCCGCUCAUCAGAACAGGUUUAUUUGUUUGGUUUUAUCCACCCGUCAUGUGUACAUGUCAGAAAUGAAUGAGAAGCUCCAGAGAGGUGGUGAUUAUAUAAAUAUAUAUAAAUAUAAAUAUACACACACAUGUAUGUAUUAUCAUUUAAUAAUCUUGCUGUUAAUAUUAAACUUUCUGCUUGAGUCUACACAGAUAAGCGUGUGUGUGUUGUGUGUGUUUGUGUGAGUGUUUGGGUGUGUGUUGUUAAUCUGUGAGUAACAUGCAAAAACAGCACACAUAUAUUCCUUCUUUCUCUCGCUCUCUCUCUCUCUCUCUUUGGGAGCAUCAGACAGUUUCAUUGUUUUCAUCUGGGUGGAUUAUCAAUAAUAUUUGUUUUUUUUUUGUAAAAGCUUUACGGUUUAUGUUGUAUUAGGGGCCUCCGGCAACAAUAAAAACAGAAAACUCAA